AGAGAGCAGAGAAGGUCAACCACCUUUGGCUUGACGCUAGCAGCGAUCUCGAUCUGCGGAGGACGAGACUGCAACAACCUGACAAUCUCUCGAGUUCUUCGUCUCCUUUCUCCCAACGGCAUCCAUUCAGCUCUUGGAUGAUCAGGCAUGGCCAUGGGAGGCCCCUCCUGGACCAAUUUGCAGUGCCUGGUGCGGCGGAAGCUGGCGACGGCGAGCUCCGCUGGCUGGGCCGAAGACGCCGACAGGGGAGGUGGCCAGCGCCUCGCCAGGACGCUAUCUGUUCCCCACCUCGCCGCCAUCGGUGUCGGUUCGACGAUUGGCGCCGGCAUCUAUGUCCUGGUCGGAACUGUGGCUCGUGAGCACACCGGGCCAGGCCUGACGCUCUCCUUUCUGAUAGCCGGCGUCGCCGCGGCGCUGUCAGCAUUGUGCUACGCCGAGCUCUCCUGCCGUUUCCCUUCGGCAGGGAGUGCCUAUCACUACUCCUACAUCUGCAUUGGAGAGAGCGUUGCUUGGCUGAUUGGGUGGGCAUUGAUCCUUGAGUACACCAUUGGGGGAUCAUCAGUGGCACGUGGCAUGUCGCCAAACUUGGCUCUGUUUUUCGGUGGCCAAGAUAAGUUGCCGUUCUUUCUAGCACAAGUGCAUGUCAAAGGCCUUGAUACCCCACUUGAUCCAUGUGCUGCUAUUCUUGUUCUGAUAGUUACUGCAUUACUCUGUCUGGGAAUUAAAGAGAGCUCAUCUGUGGAAGGCAUCAUCACCACUGCAAAUAUCAUAGUGAUGCUCUUUGUCAUCUGUGCUGGUGGAUGGCUAGGAUUCAGGAAUGGCUGGGUUGGUUAUAAAGUGCCAGAAGGUUAUUUCCCUAAUGGUGUCAGCGGAGUUCUCUCUGGAUCAGCGACCCUCUUCUUCGCAUUCAUUGGCUUCGACACAGUUGCUAGUACGGCCGAGGAGGUGAAGAAUCCUCGACGCGAUCUUCCAUUGGGAAUGGCCCUGACCUUGUCCCUGUGUUGCUUCCUCUACAUGAUGGUUUCUGCUGUUGUGGUCGGUUUGGUGCCCUACCACGCGAUGGAUCCGGACACCCCUAUUUCUUCUGCAUUUGCGCGAUAUGGGAUGCAGUGGGCUGAGUAUGUUGUUUCCAGUGGAGCUGUUCUUGCUCUUGUGGCAUCCCUUAUAGGCGGUAUUCUUCCCCAGCCAAGAAUUAUAAUGGCUAUGGCUAGAGAUGGAUUGCUCCCGCCACUGUUCUCAGAUGUUAAUCGAAGAACUCAGGUGCCAAUCUUGAGCACAGUCUUAAUUGGCAUAUGUGCUGCUAUCCUGGCUUUUUUCAUGGAUGUCUCCCAAUUGGCAGGGAUGGUAAGCGUGGGAACCUUAUUGGCAUUUACUACGGUUGCCAUUUCUGUUUUAGUAGUAAGAUAUGCUCCUCCAUAUGAGAUGCCAAUGGAAGUGGCUCUUGCAGGAUCAUCUGAGUCACUAGCUUCAUUCUCUGGGAACUUAGAGCACGAUGAGCAAAAUUCAGAAGAUCCUUUUGGCAAUGUAGUUCAAGAAGCACUUACUGUCAUUGAGGGAGCCAGCAAAGUAAGGCGACAGAAAGCCAUUGGAAGCAUAGUAUUGAUAUGCGUCGGAGCCAUCAUCUUGAUUUCUGCGGUUUCUGUCUCCUUUUUGCCAUUUUCUGUGCAAACAAUUGCAUGCACUGUAGGCGGGCUGGUUGUGUUGAGUUCUUCUAUUGUGCUUUUGUGCAUUGGACAAGACAAGAGAUUUUUGGGGCAAACUGGAGGUUUCAUGUGCCCGUUGGUCCCAUUGCUUCCAAUUUGUUGCAUCAUCGUCAACUUAUACCUGCUUAUGAACCUCGGGAGUCACACAUGGAUUCGUGUUUCCAUAUGGCUAGUGGCUGGGGCCCUCAUAUACUUCUUCUAUGGCCUGAAGCAUAGUUCACUGGCAGGCAUGGCCUACCAUCGCAUAUCGCCUUUGUAGUUCAACGUUGGGUGGAGUUCUUUUGCAUUUUUGAUAGCAGAAAAUGAGAGCACAUGUUUUGAAGGACAGAAGGACCAGAAGAAUGAACAUAGGCUUGUUUAGUUCUAAAAAAUUUCAAAAUUUCUCGUCACAUCAAAUCUUUGAACACAUGUACGAAAGUGCUACAGUAGCAAAAUUGAAAAAUUUUCGCGGACUAAACAAAGGCCUUGUUU